AUGUCAACCGAAUCCAGGAACACGACUGAUGCAGGCGACAACCAGAACGGCACCACGAACCCACAAGGCGCCCCGCGUCCACCCCAGAUCCGCCGCCACGAUCGCAUCGUCACCUCGGACGACGAAAUGAAGGAAUUCAAUAAGGGCUAUUACGCCAAAGCCCAGUCGCAGUACCUCGACCCCUGUCAGGCCCAGACAAAGGCCUCGAUGAAGUGUAUGGACGCGAAUGGGUUUGAUAAGAAGAAGUGUACAAAGUUCUUUAAAGAUUAUUCGGACUGCAAGCGGAAAUGGCUGGAGACAUUGCGCGAGGACCGCAGGAAGAGGAACUUGGGCAUCAUGGACGACGACGAUAUAAUGACACCAGAGAUCAAGAAAGAGUCCGCCUCCACUUCCUCAUAG